AUGGCGAAUCAAACAGACUCCCUUUUAUCACAAAAAUCGUCUGACUCCGGCCUACACAUUCAGCUCCACCCUCUUGUACUCCUCACGAUUUCCGACCACAUCACCCGACACGUUAGACGGGGACAGAAAGGGCCGAUUCUUGGAGCUCUACUGGGUCAGCAGCAUGGGCGCGAGAUAACAGUGGAGCAUGGCUUUGAGUGUCUUGUGGUGGAAGAAGACUCGAAUGGCGAAAUUCAAAUGCCGAACGAAUGGUUUGUGGACAGAGUAAAGCAAUAUAAGGAUGUUCAUAAAGUUCCUGCUCUCGAUCUUGUUGGAUGGUGGUCUACAAGCCCUCCAUCUGGCCCGACAAAAGCCCAUCUCCCAAUCCACCGGCAAAUCCUUCAAAGUCACAAUGAGUCCGCGAUAUUCCUCGCUUUCCAUCCCACCCAGGCACAAAAAGUCUCCUCUGGCAGAUCAAAACUCCCAGUGUCUAUCUACGAGAGCGUAUACGAGGGGGAAAGCGCGACAGAUGGCGGAAAGGCCAUGCAAGUGGACGGCGAGGAGCAGUCGCUGAAUAUCCGUUUCCGAGAAAUACCGUAUACCGUGGAAACCGGAGAAGCUGAGAUGAUUGGUAUUGAUACGGUGGCUCGCACAGCUAGAAAUGCGGCUGUCAUCGACCAUUCUGCCACAGCCACCUCAACCUCGACAGAUCCAACGAAGCAGCAAGAGAACCUAGCACCCACCACAGACCUCCUUUCACCAGAAGAUGAAGAAUUAAUCGCAUCACUCAACACACGCGUCAACGCCAUCCGAACGCUGCAGUCCCGAAUUUCUCUUCUCAAAUCAUACGUCUGUGGCAUAUCCCCAUCGUCUGAAAAUCCCCAAGGAGAAUCAUCUGCACAACUAAACCACUCAGUCCUCCGAGACAUUAACUCCCUGUUAUCGAAUCUCUCCCUGCUCACCCCACAUGAGAACAGCGCCUUUGCAACGGAGGCGCUUGCGCAAAACAAUGAUGUCAAUCUUGUAGCCCUUCUGGGUCAACUAAGCCAGAGCAUUAGCGAUAUAAAGGAUGUCGGCAAGCGCACGGCAAUCGUGGCCAAUUCAAGGCGGACUGCGGCAGCGCGCAAAGGGCAAGGCAUCCCCAGUCGAUAUGAAGAUGACAUCAUGGCUGGAGCUGGAAUCGCACCAUGA